UGCUUUGGUCUAGCUGAAUGGAGUAAGAGUUUGUUACACAUAACACGUUAGCAGAGCAACCUACCUUGCAUUUACAGAAGAGAACAGGCUAUGUGAAAAUUAUGUUCAGUAACCAAGGCAUCCAACCCGUAACUGUUGUUUUUAGCAACACGAAAAACUGCUUUCUUCAUCUCCCCUCCAAGUUGGUGUCGCAUCUUUCCCUGAACGAGACCCAGGCUUUGGAGUUGUCCUCAGGCAAUGGAGCUCCAGUGUUCCUCAGCUGGACUCUAAGCAGAACCUCUUCCAGCCUUGACAGCCAGGAAGUGGAGCUGUGUCGACAACUGGGAGAAAAGCUGGGUCUGAAAGAUGGAGAGCAGGGCUUCCUGAGACCAUGUCACCAGGUCUCAUCAGUGCAUCAAGUGUUUGUGGAGCCUCUGUCAUCUGAUGACUGGGAAAUCUUGGAGCUCCACAGUGCCACGCUGGAGCAGCAGCUGUUGGAUCAGAUCAGAGUGGUUUUCCAAGAUGCCGUGUUUCCUGUGUGGGUGGACAGCCACACAGUUAUCUACAUCAGAAUAGCAUCGCUUUUACCAUCUGUUCCGUAUGGUCGCUUGGAGCAGUUCACAGAACUAGUUGUCUCCGCUAAGAGCCGCGCUGGAAUUGGUAACCUCAGUGAUUCUUCUGAGAGAACCGGCGAGAAGCAGCAUUUCCACAGACAGCAAAGUAUGGAUCUUUCCUCUCAAUCAGGAAAGUCAUUAGAAAGUCCCUCCCCUUUCCCUCAAAGCCACCAGUGGGGUGGCAUAGCUGACCUGAAGAGCCUGCUACGCUAUAUGAUAACGGGUACUUAUAACCCAGUUAAAGAGCUGCCACCUGUACCCGAAGUCCCUGCCCUCCUCACUGACUCUAUCUACAGAGUGUGCGGUGCACCUCCAGACUCUCUUUCCACUAUAAGCCACGUUGCAACUGGUGUCAUUCAUUUAUUUCCUUGGAGCCAUGGAAUGAAUGCUGGGCUAGCUGGAGGAGGUCAGUCUCCAGUGACUUAUGGCCUGCUUUCCAAAGUUGUCUCCCCUAAAGAAGCAAGGGACAAAGCCAAGCAGGCCAUGGAGAAGAAGAAGGCCGCAGGAAUUAGUAAAGUUGCUGCUACUGUGGGUGAAGGAGAGGAGAUGAAAGAAGAGGAAGCCAUGGUGGUCAGGGUGGUGUGCCAUAGUACUGAGAAGCUAGUAGGCAAGGAGAUAAGUCGCAGCAAGGGAGAGAUCCACAGUGGAAGGGUAUGGAUCCCACAGCCCCUGACUAUGAGGUUGAAUAUCAUCCCACAUUCAACAAUUAGAAUUAAGCCAGUCAAAUCAACUAUCAAAGUAGCCUCCUCUAUUCGCCUGCAGCCCCUGAAACCACUGCCUGAGGAGGAGGAUGAUGAUGAGAUCCAGACAGCUUUCCUUGGUUGGCUGCACACUCAGAGUCACGAACCUUUAGCCUGUCUGACUGCACGGUCUGGCAACAUCAUCCUACAUGGAACUGAUGCAAAGUUAGAGUUUGCUUUAACUGUGCUGAAACCAGAACCGGAGAGUGACCCUCCAGACCAGCUGUUUUUACUAGCAUCUGCUGUUGUCCAGAAGGGAGACAUACAGGUAGACAGAAAGCCAGUGACCGUGACAGCUGUGAAAUCUGUCACUGAAACGGCCAACCCAGAGCUUCCCUCCCUCAGUAUUCUUGGUGGGAUAGAUGAGCUCAGUAGGACUGGUUUUGAGUUCAUCUCCCACAGCCUUCUGGGUAGUCCCCUCUCGAGAGAGUUUGGUACGACUGGGCGGGGACUCAUUGGAGGAGCUCUACUUAUCACUGGUGCUAAGGGAAGUGGAAAGAGUACUCUGUCUCGAGCCCUCUGUAGAAAAGCUAGAGAAGAUCUGGAUGCACAUGUGGAGGUGGUGGACUGCAAAAAGCUACAAGGCAAAAGGACAGAAACAGUGAGACAGAUGCUGCAGGAUAUUUUUGAACAGUCGGAGUGGAGGCAGCCUUCUGUUGUUCUCCUCGAUGACCUGGACCAUAUAACUGGGGCACCAAACUCACCAGAACAUGAGCAUGGCCCAGAGGCUCUGCUGCAGCAGCACAUUGCCCAGAGUCUGAAGGAUGCGGUGGAUGAGGUGGUGGUUCACUCCAGUCUGUUAUGUCUGAUCAUCACCAGCCAGAGUGAGCACUCCCUCCACUCCUCCCUGACCGAGGUGCAGGGGUCCCACUUCAUCCAGGGCUUUGUGCACAUCCAGCCACCAGACCAGGCUCAAAGAGCAGAAAUCCUGCGCCACCUGAUCCUCAGAAAAACCAGCCUAUCUGGGGAGACCUUACAGACUCUAGACCUGGAAGCUGUUGCCAAGGAAACAGAGGGAUACACGCCCCAAGACCUAGGACUACUGUUGGAACGGGCUGUGCAUGCCAACACUGUGCAAAGAGGACACAGUGACCAGGGUGUGUGUCUGUUGUGGAGGGACUUUGUGCAGGCUCUCAAGGGAUUUACGCCCCCCUCGCUUUGGGGUGCAGACCUCCACACCCCAAGUGGAGUUGGGCUGGAGAAGGUGGGGGGGCUGAGGGAGGUGCGACAGCAGCUAAUGGACACCAUACUGCUCCCUGCUAAGUACCCCAUCCUGUUCUCCAGUCUCCCUAUCCGCCAUCGCUCAGGAAUAUUGCUGUAUGGAGCUCCUGGGACAGGGAAGACCCUGCUGGCCAGGGCUGUGGCCAAAGACAGUGGUAUGAACUUCAUUAGCAUCAAGGGACCCGAACUUCUGAGCAAGUACAUUGGAGCAAGUGAGCAGGGUGUCCGUGAUGUCUUCCAGAGGGCCCAAGCUGCCAAGCCAUGCAUCCUGUUCUUCGAUGAGUUUGACUCUCUGGCCCCCAGGAGGGGCCACGACAGCACAGGCGUAACCGACCGUGUGGUCAACCAGCUUCUCACCCAGCUGGACGGGGUGGAGGGACUGCAGGGAGUAUAUGUGCUUGCAGCCACCAGCCGUCCAGAUCUUAUUGACCCGGCCCUGCUGAGACCUGGACGACUGGACAAGUCCCUCUACUGCCCGGCUCCUGAUCUGGAAGCUCGUGUGGAGAUCCUGAAGGCUCUGAGCGCUGGUGUCGCCCUGGCUGCUGAUGUGGACCUGGAGCAGCUGGCAGCAUCGACUGAGCAGUUCACUGGGGCAGACCUGAAGGCCCUUCUUUACAACGCCCAGCUGGAGGCUAUCCACAACAGCCUGGGCUCCAGCACACCGCAUGAGCUGACCUCUGACAGCGACAUGAGCCUGUCCUCUAUGAUCUUCCCAAACACCAGCAGUGGUUCAGAUGAUUCAGUAGGGGAGGGAGACCCAGGCAUGGUCUUGGACCAGUCCUUGGUUCUCCCAGAGCCAAGCCAGCUUCAAGCAGAAGACGAACAACAUCGUAGCAACGUCUGGAGACUCUACUUUGGAAGCUCCUAUGAGUCAGAGUUCGGGAAUUCACCGAUUUCAGGACUGAACUCCCAGUGCGUCUCUGGAUCCAACUCCAUGACCCAUGACUUCACAAGGGCGUCAGUUCGUGACUCUUGUGGCUCACACCCUCCUGCCUACAUGUCCUCCCUCCGGAGCGGGUAUGAAGAGCUCGGUCCGGGGCAGCUGGAGUGCCUACAACAAGACAUUAAUAACAUCAAGAACAACUACAGGAGAGCCAACGAGGAAUGCGUUCGGGUGCACACAGCCUCCACCCAGCCAGGCCUGCUGCUGCGUCCGGCUCAUGUGAUCUCCGCCCUGGCUGCGACCAGACCGUCUCUUAGCAAAGCCGACUGGAACAGAUACACAAAACUGUAUGAAGCAUUUGGAGGUGCAGAAGACGGAAAAUCUCUUCACUCAGUCACAUUUCAACCUGGACAACGUGUGACUUUAGCUUGAUCAGACAUGUUGGUUUGAAAAUUUGUUAUUUUGAUGUUAAUAAUUAAUAAAAAGCAAUGAUUAAUUGGUCCUUUAACAAUCAGUGGGGUUUAACAGUUCCAGAGUAUUGAUGACAAUGUACAUAAAUCAUAUGUAAUAAUGUUUAAAUUUUUCUUACUGACUUGAUUAUGAAUGAGACAUUCAUCUACUUGAAAUGUAAUUACUGUACAUAUGUACAAUGUCAGAGUAUUAAUUAUGUAUUGUUAAAGUAAUUAAAAAAAAUUGUACAAAUA